AUGGAAACUGCCUUUUUCAGUUUUUUGGUUUUUGAAUUUCUCGUUUUGGGAUUGGCUUAUUCUAUUCGUCCUAACACUAAACCAAGUCAUUGUCAUUUGGAAUUGAAAAAGUUGGAGAUUUGUAAAAGGAUUUACCCCAUCGAUCUGCCUAACUUCACUGACGAAACUGACUUAGAUGAAGCCGUUCAGACCCUCAAUGGCUUCUCAGAUUGUGUUGGAAAUGAUACUCAAUGUACAGUAACCAAAUUAAACUUGAAACUGCUCCGAGCCCAAUUUUUCAUCGCUUCCAGAAGAGUCGACAUGUACCAAUGCUAUAGUAGUCCCUUUUUCGAGCAACUCAAAAAGUCCUGCCCUGGAAGAUGCUCGGAAGCGGACCACUGGAAUUGUGUAAUAGAUGGAUUGAAGGACGCCAAGGCUUGUUCAGAUGGUUAUAUUGGAAUACUGUAUGAUGAUGUGGAAAUCGGAUUUCUAACUGAUCCGUGUGAAAUCAAAGAAGAAUUGGAGUACGAAAUGAAACUUUAUUAUGGAACUUAA